AUGGACGAGAAGGCGAAGAUGGAGAGCAAGCUGUCCUCGGCGGCGGCGUUCGUGGAGGGGGGCGUGCAGGACGCCUGCGACGACGCCUGCAGCAUCUGCCUCGACGCCUUCUGCGACAGCAACCCCUCCACGAUGACCAAUUGCAGGCAUGACUACCAUCUCCAGUGCAUUCUUGAAUGGUGCCAGAGAAGCUCCCAAUGCCCCAUGUGUUGGCAGCCUAUCAGCAUGAAAGAUCCUAUGAGCCAAGAGCUAUUAGAGGCUGUUGAACAAGAGAGGAACAUCCGAGCUAAUCGUUCACAUAAUACUGCUGUUUUCCACCAUCCAAUGCUGGGUGAUUUUGAGAUUCCUGUAGGUGCAGAUGAUGCAGAACUUGAAGAACGCAUUAUUCAGCACUUGGCUGCUGCAGCUGCAGUGCGUAGGUCACACCGUCAUCAUAGAAGAGAUAGUCACCAGGGAAGAUCAGGAGCAAGUAGCCACCCACAAUUCCUGGUGCUUUCAGCAGAGGAGCACACAACCUCAGGUCAAGAAGGGGAUUAUGAACAAGCCCCUGCUGUAGUUUCUGGUCGCCCUUUACGUACUCUUGUUGAACAAGAACGCACUCGAGGGUUAGUGGAUGCAUCCAGUCCAUCUCUCCGCUUUUCUACUCCUGCUGAUGGUACUGGUAGAUCAAACAAAAGGAUUUCUGGGAUUCAGUCUACACCUGUGGAUCAAGAUGGAGCAGGACCGUCCGAUUUACAAUCAAUCUCUGACAAUUUGAGAUCUCGUCUGCAGUCAGCUUCAAUGAGGUACAAGGAUUCCAUAACCAAGAGUGCAAGUGGAUGGAGGGAGAGGUGGUUUUCUCGGAGUAACUCUUUAUCAGAUCUUGGUUCUGAGGUAAAGAGGGAGGUCAACGCGGGGAUUGCUGCGGUGUCUCGCAUGAUGGAACGGCAUGAUACAAGAGACGGCACGGGGCCUUCUGCCACCUCCGCGUCAGGAUCUGGUUCUCAGUGA